AUGGCUGAUUUAUCUGAGCCAUCAUCAUCUUUGAGCUUUACUUCAUCUUCUCAUAUAUCAAAUGGUUCAAUUAGUCACAACAUAUCCAACUCCUCGGGUGCUGAGGCAAUAACUAAUCUUGAGGUGAUUAGUUUGAAUAAGCUUAGCUCCAGUUUGGAGCAGCUAUUAAUUGACUCCACUCGUGAUUAUUGUGAUGCAAAUAUUGUUGUUGAGGGCAUCACUAUUGGUGUUCACCGAUGUAUUUUAGGUGCUAGGAGUAAGUUUUUCCAUGAUUUGUUUAGGAGAGAAAAGGGGUCCUCAGAGAAGGAAGGAAAACCAAAGUAUUGCAUGAGUGAUUUGUUACCUUAUGGAAAGGUUGGAUACGAAGCCUUCCUAAUUUUCUUGAGUUAUUUGUAUACUGGAAAGCUCAAGCCAUCUCCAAUGGAAGUCUCAACAUGUGUUGAUAAUGUAUGUGCUCAUGAUGCGUGUAGACCUGCAAUUAAUUUUGCAGUGGAAUUGAUGUAUGCAUCAUCCAUAUUUCAAGUACCAGAGCUGGUUUCACUUUUCCAGAGACGCCUUCUUAACUUUGUUGGGAAAGCUCUUGUGGAAGAUGUGAUUCCAAUCCUUGUGGUUGCCUUCCAUUGUCAAUCAAGACAGCUUGCCACACAGUGUGCUGAUAGAAUAGCACGGUCUGAUCUUGACAACAUCUCUAUAGAGAAAGAGCUUCCCCAUGAAGUUGCAGAUGAAAUUAAACUUCUCCGCCGCAAGUCUAUUUCUGACGAUGAAAACAACACAGAGGCUGUGGACCCCCUACGUGAAAAGAGAAUUAAGAGGAUACACAUGGCAUUGGACUCAGAUGAUGUUGAACUUGUGAAACUUCUACUGACCGAGUCUGAUGAUAUAACCUUAGAUGAUGCUAAUGCUCUCCAUUAUGCUGCAUCAUACUGUGAUCUCAAGGUUAUGUCUGAGGUGCUUAGCCUUGGCCUUGCUGAUGUCAAUCUUAGAAAUUCACGCGGGUACACAGUUCUCCACAUUGCUGCAAUGCGAAAAGAACCAUCAGUGAUAGUGUCAUUGCUGGCAAAAGGUGCAUCUGCUUUGGACACGACAUCAGAUGGGCAAAGUGCUGUUAGUAUCUGCCGAAGGUUGACAAGGCCAAAAGACUAUCAUGCUAAAACAGAGCAAGGGCAGGAAGCGAACAAAGACAGGUUAUGCAUUGAUAUUUUAGAGAGAGAAAUGAGAAGGAAUCCAAUGGCUGGGAGUGCCUCCAUCACUUCCCAUACAAUGUUUGAUGAUCUACACAUGAAGCUGCUAUACCUGGAGAACAGAGUGGCAUUUGCACGAUUAUUCUUCCCUACUGAAGCUAAGCUAGCAAUGGACAUUGCACAUGCUGCAACAACAUCAGAAUUUGCUGGUCUUGCUGCACCAAAAGGUUCUAGUGGGCAUUUGAGGGAGGUUGACCUAAACGAGACACCAAUAGUGCAGAACAAAAGACUUCGGUCUAGGAUGGAAGCCCUAAUGAAAACUGUUGAAAUGGGCCGACGAUAUUUCCCUAGUUGCUCUGAAGUGCUUGAUAAGUUCAUGGAAGAUGACCUUCCUGAUUUGUUUUACCUCGAGAAGGGCACCCCAGAUGAACAAAGAAUCAAGAGGACACGUUUCAUGGAGCUUAAAGAUGAUGUUCAGAAGGCAUUUAACAAGGACAAGGCUGAGAUUAACCGCUCUGGUUUGUCUUCCUCAUCAUCCUCAACUUCCCUAAAAGAUGGUAUUGGUAACAAGCUCAAGAAAUUAUGA